UUUCACAACAACAACUUGCUCUCAACAUGGCGGCUGUGGCGUUGAUGCAGCAAGCGAUUGAUUUGAAACGGACGAACAAAGAAAAUGCCACGGAAAUUCUUUCGACUAUAGUGAAGCAAGACAUCCCACAGGCUGAUGAUGAGGCUAUCAAAGUCAAGGAACAAGCCAUUCUGGAAGUUGGCAAGCUGCUUGCAGAUCAAAGGAAAGCAAAUGAAUUGGCCAACUUAAUCAAAAUUGUUCGUCCAUUCCUGAACAUGGUGAGCAAAGCGAAGGCGGCGAAACUGGUUCGAGCUCUUGUAGAUCUUUUCCUGGACAUGGAAGCUGGCACUGGCAGCGAGGUUGAGCUAUGCAAAGAAUGCAUCCAAUGGGCCAAAGAUGAAAAGAGGACUUUCUUACGCCAGUCUUUAGAGGCAAGGUUGAUAGCCCUGUUCUUUGACACAAAAAAAUAUCAAGAAGCACUCCAAUUAGGCUCUGUUUUGUUGCGGGAACUGAAGAAAUUGGACGAUAAAGCUCUGCUGGUUGAAGUGCAGCUUCUCGAAAGCAAAGUGUACCAUGCUUUGAGUAAUUUGCCAAAAGCCAGGGCAGCCCUUACCUCAGGAAGAACUACAGCCAACGGAAUUUACUGCCCACCCAAACUUCAAGCUGCCUUGGAUCAGCAGUCAGGUAUUCUCCACGCUGCGGAUGAGAGGGACUUCAAGACAGCCUAUUCCUACUUCUAUGAAGCUUUUGAGGGAUAUGAUUCUAUAGACAGCCCCAAGGCUGUGACAUCCUUGAAGUACAUGCUUUUGUGUAAAAUUAUGCUGAAUACUGCUGAUGAAGUUCAGGCCAUUGUCAGUGGAAAGCUAGCUCUCAAGUACAGUGGUCCUGAAGUGGAGGCAAUGAAAAGCAUUGCUCAAGCAAGCCAUAAACGUUCCUUAGCAGACUUCCAGAAAACUCUGGUUACCUUUAAAGCACAACUGGAAGAUGACCCCAUUGUCAAUGCUCACCUGAAAACCUUGUACGAUAAUCUCCUGGAGCAGAAUCUGUGCCGUAUCAUUGAGCCUUUUUCUAAGGUCCAAGUCCAGCAUGUUGCAAACCUCAUCAAGCUUCCAGUGGCCACAGUGGAAAAGAAGUUGUCUCAAAUGAUUCUGGAUAAAAAAUUUCAUGGUAUCCUGGAUCAAGGGGCUGGUGUGUUGAUCGUGUUUGAAGAGUCAGAGUCUGACAAGACAUACGCCAAUGCUCUGGACACCAUUCACAACAUGGGGAAAGUGGUAGAUGCCUUGUACCAAAAAGCCAAGAAACUCACAUAGUGAUCAUCUUUCUGUCUAGCACAUCCCUCUAUAGACAUUUGCUGUGUAUAUAAUUUUCAGUCUGUGACAUAAUGAUAUUUUUAUUUCAUGGACUUUUUUUUUGGCGGUACUGAGAUAAAGACCCAUGUUCAUCGCACUGUUUUGCAGCAUCUCUUAUUUGAUACAUACUUGUGCUAUUUCAUUUAAAUUGGUAUUGUUAUUUAUCAUGAUGACCCCUUUAUAGGAUAAUUGUGUGUCCUUUUGGAAAUAAACAUAAACAUAAAAGUUUAGGUUUUUUCAAUCUUGUCUCUGGAACAGGUGAUGCGAGAUUCUUUAUGAAAAUAAUAUCUUAGUCACUGACACGCAUAUUGCUGGGUGAGGGGGGGGGCGUGUUACCAAAAGUAAGAUUUUCUUGACAUGACUAUAAAGUUCUAGUUUGUUUAUGUUGUGAGGGGGGUAUUUCAUUCUUAUGUUUUAUUUGGGGGUUUUUGUUGUUGUUUUUUGGGGGGGAAGAGGCGGCAGGGUUUAUUAAAUAAGAUUUUUUUUUGUAAUGAGGCUGGUAUUCAGAAAAUUAUACGUAGCAUGUCUCUUACAUUGUUCUCUGGGGAUUUUUCUUUUGCUCCUUUAUGAAAGUCUGAGCCAUAGCAAGGCUGAAAGCAGUGAUGCCCUUGUUGUAAACAAAUAAAUGCUACUAUUGGCCACCAAAA